AUGAGCUCACUAUUACUUUUCGACCAGUGGGGAAUAGACAUAGUGGCUCCUCUACCUCAAGCAACCGACCAAAGGAAGUUUCUUUUGAUUACGAUAGAUAACUGUAGCAAGUGGAUCGAGGCCGAACCUUUAGCAAGGGUCACGAAUGACAAGGUCAUGAAAUUUCUUUUAACUAAUAUUUGUUGUAGGCAUGGCAUUCUGAAGGUGCUCAUUGGCCCAUUCAAAGGCAAGUGGACAGGUCGAAGUCGUGAACAACACAAUCCUAAGCUGGCUCAAAGGUUGGAUGGAGAAAGUCUCGGGACCUUGGGUCGAUUAGCUCGCCUCAGUUUUAUGGGCUUACAGGACCACGCCCAGGACCUCAACAAGAGAAACACCAUUCAGCAUGUGUAUGGUAUGGAAGUCAUCAUUCAGGUCGAGAUUAGCGUUAGCUCGGCGCGGAUAUCCACAUAUAAAGAAGAAUAA